GGUCUACGGUUGCUCGGCAACUGACGACGCAUGGAUGACGUUUUACGUAGAGGUGGCGUUGUAUCUAUGGCUGCGGACGACGCGGAGGUAAUCCUGUUGCUAUCAAGAAGAGAUUGCCUACUGUCAUUUCAACACAUUGCGUUGCUAAAAUAAGACAGCUCAAUGUAUCACAAAGAGAAGAGCAUCCAGAUCAAAAACAGCGCCUCGGCGCUGUACAACAACCUGGGCGUGCUACGCAUCGCCCCGCGGAGCCUCACCUACUUCACGGUGGUGCAUGCUAACGUGGUCAACAUGGUCAGCGCGUCCUGGGACGGCCUCAACUAUUCCCACCGUCAGCUGCAGUCCAAGGAGCCUAAUGUCGCCACAAGCACGUCGCUCAUCAUGCAGGCUGCGUUUUGUGCUCUGCCCUCUCGUGAUCUGCUGGUGGUGACCUCUCAGAAAGGCAUUCAGAUUUAUGAAUCUGAUGGUUCCACCAUGGUGUACUGGCAUGCACUGGAUAUUCCCGAAACACCUACAGCUCAGGCCGUGUUUGCUCGGGGGAUAUCAGCAGUGGAGAGUUAUAUAUGUGUGGGCGUUUCAUCUGGUGCCAUUCUAGUAUUUGAUGUUCCCAGUAAAGGCAGUAACAUUACUCUGUCUGACGUCCUGAAGGGGCAUGAAAAGUCCAUCACUGACAUGGCCUCUGAGUGCUCUGGCAGCCAGGAGUGCAUAGCUGAUCUCAUUAGUGCAGAUGAUAGGGGCAACCUGUGUGUGUGGAAGUCAGGGGAGACAUUUCAGAGGUUCAACAACAUCCCUGGCUUUGAUAUGAGCUGCACAUCGGUCAAGUUGUGGAAAGGUACAGCGGUGGCAGGUUACGGCACAGGACAGAUUCGUCUCUAUGAGGCAGUGACGGGAAUCCUGCAUGCUGAGGUCAACGCCCACGCUCGCUGGAUAUACUCACUGGACAUCGCUCCUUUUUCUGGGCUGCUUUUGUCUGCUGGCGAGGACUCUCUGGUCAGAGUGUGGCACCUGACAAUGAAACCAGAGUCCCUCAGCGUGGAGGUUGCCCAUUUGCACAAUGAGUGUGUGACGGACACACAAAUCUGUGGCGCCAAGUUCUGUGACGGCGAUGGUUAUGCCUUUGCAGUGACAGGCUAUGACCUGAGUGAGAUUAUCCGUUACACCCAGUCUUAGGACUUUGCUUUCAUUGAAGCUAAGUUUAUGAAUGUGAAUGAUGUAUAUUAGAGAUAAUGUAUAUCUGGAUCGAAAACAUGAUCCAGAGAGGACAGAGUCAUGAGUGCCCAGGUUAAGGUCAGGUUUACAUUCUGCCAGGAUCGGGUAUUUAACAUAAUAUUGUUUGUUUCAUGGCAUUUCUGUCCUCUAAAUCUACACAGUUUUUGAAGGAGAUUAGCAUAUAACAAAAUAAUUAAAAAGUAAUGUGUUAAAGUUUCUAUAAAUAUUUUAUGUACAAAGUGUACACAUUUUCAUGUAUGUGAAUGUAACUUUAAAAUGUUGUAAAAUAUUCUAUUAUUAAUGUUUCAAACAACUGUACCGGUAAACAUUUUUAUAAAGAAA